GAUUGUGAUUGUUUUUAGUAUUAAUUCAACGUCUUCCACUUGUUGAAAGCCUUUCUAAUUAUCAUUCUUUCGUCAACUUAUCAUCAUCCACUUCAAGUCAACUUUUUAUCACUUCUCAACCAAUAUGCAUUUCUCAAAACUCCUUGUCUUUUCUGCUGGAGCUGUUACUGUAGGUCUAGCGGAUCAGUUCAUGGUUCCUACUCCAUGGUACGUCCAAAAAAUCAGCAUUGGAAACAUUAGACACGGUUCAGGCGGCUUUUGGUCAUUCAACUUGAUUGACACGCCCACUCCUGCUCCUCAAGGCCUCAAUGUAACAUGCAGUUACACUAGUCCAACUACUUAUAUAUUCGCACUCGAUGGUGCUCCAGUCGAUGCACCCUGCAGUGGUGAUCCCAAUGUAACUUUCAGUCUAUAUUCUGAUGGCGAUCAUUUUACAUUUAAUAUCACGCAUCUGUAUGGAAAUUGCGGAACCGAGGAUAGCCCAACUCCAUGCAACGACAAUGGAACUUGGAAAUUCAGCCGAGAUGAUGUAAGAGGACAGGAGUUUGAUGUUCAAAACAACUUUGGACAAGCUGGAAGUUUCACCAGAGACUCCAUUUCCAUGUAUCCAGUUCGGGCGAUACCCAGCGAGAAGUGCGAGUUCUGUUGAUAUUUUUUAGGACGGGAUUAUCAACGGCGAUGAAAUGCCUAACGUACUAGGGAAGCAAGUAAAAUAGAAGGAUUGCAUUGGGUUUAAAAAUGGAGUAUCUUAGUAUAGGCGAAAAAAAACAGAGAUUAAUAGAACUUAUAAUCAAUAGUCAAGCUGCUCACUUCCAUUUGAGUGCCUUUAGGUAUCGAUAGCCGGAACACCUCGUUCAUAAGCUUCACUCUACUAGUGAUGAUGAAUUGAAUUAAAUAGAGACCAGGGCCCA